AUGGCGCUGAAGGCAUGCGUGGAGGGAUGGAAGCACUUGAGGAAAAUUCUCGUGGUGGAUGAAACUCAUUUGUUUGGGAAGUACAGGGGAUGUCUCUUGACGACCAGCGGUCAGGACGCCAAUUUUCAAGUAUUCCCUAUAGCUUUUGCCGUAGUUGAUAGCGAAAACGACUUGUCCUUCUCUUGGUUUUUCAAGAAUUUAGUUGAUAUCAUUGACGACAGUUCUGAACUGGCGAUAAUUUCUGAUAGAAGCCCAUCAAUCAAGAGCGAGAUACGGAAAUGGUUUCCAAGUUCCCACCACGGAACAUGUCUUACACAUCUAACAAGGAACGUGGACGACCACUACAAGCGUAGGCAUCAGAGAGAACUAGUCCAACAGACUGGAGAGGCAUUUACAGUGGCGAAAUUCAAGAAGUAUUACGGUAUGCUGAACGCGGCAGAUAUACCAUGUUGGAGGUACAUGGAGAAAAUUGAAGUAUCACAGUGGACACGGGCUUAUUUUCCCGGUAACAAAUAUAAUUUGAUGUCUAGAAACAUUGCAGAAGCCCUCAACGCCGCAUUACUCCCUGCGAGGGAGAGCCCUAUCGCCGGCUUGUUUGAAUUCAUUCGUAGAAUGCUGUGCAUAUGGUUUGAGAGCAGGAGACAGAAAAUAGAGAAAAUGUAUGGUGACAUACCCGAGGAAGUGGAUUAG